AUGUCACUUGACCUGCUCGUGAAUGUCACGUGUGAAACCGCGAACCAGAGAGUAAACGAGAUUUUUGUGACAGAAGAAGUUUGUUUUUCAGAGCAUAAACUUUUGUUCAACAAUGAUAUUCGUGGUGAAAGCUUGGCAAAUCUUGGGCGGCCGCGCGUAUGGUCUCAGACGCGUCAAGAGCUAUGCGAAAGCGUCCCAUAUUUUCGUAAUUGGCAAUCUGGGGUAUAUUUCAAAGAAGGAGUAACUUAUGGUUACCUUGUUGAUGGGUACGGCGCGAUGCGCGAUGUCUGUAAUGGUCGCGUAAUUAUUUCUCAUGGGCAAUCUUUGAUGAAUUACAGUGGUGGAAAAUCAUGUAGACGCCAGGAUGGAAGUUUCGGUCUUUUUGCCUCCCAACUCUUGACCGAUGCAUCUGUAUGCGCGUUAAUCAAAAAUUAUAUUAACAAACAGCCGUUGGCAGUUAUUGUUGGAAAUAAAAAGAAUGCUGAGUUUAAAGUUCCGGCUCGCUACUGUGUGAUGGGGUUAUAUUAUAUAACUCACGCCUGGCCAGAAUAUGAGCUAACCGAAAAUAACGAUGAUCUUACUGACGAGGAAAACAUCUUGAAUGGGAAUGAUACAGAACAUAGAACUAAGACUAAGCAUGAGUGCCCAUUUAUUCGAUGGAAAUUUCGAUUUGAAUGGGUUCCAGAUCAAGAAUUCCCUCCCUGGUGGGAAUCACCUAGUCAAAGGCUUAUUUAUUCAACUAUUUUACCGGGUGCUUUGAGAGUCUUUUUAUGCCCUGAAUGCAAAGCUCCGUCAUCAAAAAUUUAUAAAACAGUAUGGAUAUGCUUAAAUCAUAAAUGCAACCGUUUUUGGCAGGCAUGGUCUGAUCAAAAUCAAUGGAUUAAAGUACCAAAUAAUCUCAUCUAUGAUCCUGUGUUUCUCAAUCCUGGUCUAACUACUCGUGAUCAAUUACAUCGCAUACCAUUUUCAAUAUUGCCACCACAACCUCCAAGCACGUUAAAUAAUGACAUAACAAAUUCUUGUGCCCUAUAUGGUGUUCAAUAUUGGAAAGGCUUUCAUUGCCUCCGAUGUGGUCGAGUUUCUUGUCGUGAUAAGUGGGCUUUUUGGGAGUGUGCAAAUUGUGGGUUAAAACAUGAAGCACCAGAACAGCUUCUUUUCCCUUCGAUGUUGCGCAAUCCAAAUCUCCCUGUUUUAAUCGGGCCUGCUUUCGAUUAUGAUUCGUGUAUUAAAGACAAUAGUGGGAUUACCAAGACUAGAGAAGUGUCUGCGGAAGGCGCCGUUGUCUGCAAAUAUUACUUUCCUGAAGUCGGAUCGCAGUUAAUAGCUCGCCAGUUCACCAUGAAUGUCGGAGCAAAAUAUAAAUUCUCGUUGGAAUGUGACACAUUGAUGUUCGAAGAAACUCCGCAAAUCGUUCAGGAUUGCUAUAAAUAUAUACACGAAAUGUGCAAUUCGUUUAUUGAAGGCGUUAAGUUUAAUGAAAUGCUACUAGCGGCAUAUUUAAAUGAUCAGCGUAUGUCGUGGCACGGUAAGGAAAUAUUGUUCAAACUUAUCAUUGAUUAUAGGGAAGCUUCCGCUGAAUUGAAAUUUCGAAGGAAAAAACGGAAGGCAUCAAAGAAUUUAUCCGAAAAAGAUUGCACGGAUGACAUAUCUGUUGGGCCAAGUGAUCCUUCUAAUUUUAACAAAGAUGCCUCUGAAGAAAGGCUACCGCUACCAUAUACGAUUUUUACGCCAUCAUCUCCAUACAUGCCAAUUGACGCGUUGGAGUUGGGCCUAAAAUCACGUGGAACAGGCCCAGAAUUGAUCCUGAAGAUCCAUCAUGGUGAUUUGUUGAUUAUGGUUGGACACGAAAUCCAACAAAACUAUGAACAUGCUCUAUUUCCUGAAGGGUUUAGGAUCGCAGCAACAGUACGAUAUAUUGUGUUGGAUGAUGAAAAUCAUAAAUCUACAUAA